AUGUUGUUGCUUCAAGUCGAUAGAGCAGUUAUGACGCGGUUGUGUUGGCUGUUCGUCCUCGGCACCCUCGUCGUUCGAGUGUCCGCAGCAGACUCACUACCACCAUUUGGUAUGAGUUGGUCAAACAAAACCUUUGGACCGGACGGACCAUGGCAAGCGGUGCAAAUUGGCGUUGGAUAUCCUAUACAACAAGUUGCUCUCUAUCCUGGAGGAACCUUUCGCUCCCACUUUCUAACACCAAGAAUCUGUUCCAAUACGACCCUAUCACCGACUGCUUGUUUUGCCUCAGCUGGUGGUCUUUACGCCUCCGAAAGCUCAAAUACCGCCUUGGACGAUAUUAUAGGUUUUCCUGCCGCGACCGAUUUUACACAUGGCGGCCUCCGGAUUGAGGGAACAGCAGGAAUAGGUGCAUUAGAUCAGAUGGUUCUUGGGACGUCUGAUCUCACUCGAAAAACCAUCACGGUGCCAAAUGUAACUAUUGCCAUGUAUGACAGUAUUGCUGCCAUCUAUCCAAGCGGCUCUAUUGCAGCAUUACAAGUAGGUACAUUGGGCUUGGGUUAUUUGGGCACGGUAAACCAAAGCUUUACUUUUCCUGACGAGCCUUUGAUCAACGGAAGUUUGAUACCUGGUUAUUUACAAGCCGCAAAUUUGGCGCCUUCAAACUCUUUCGGAUUGCAGAUUGGUUCGGUCAAAUCGAAGAUCAAAGGUUCGCUUUAUUUUGGUGGAUACGAUCAAUCACGAAUUUGUGGUACUGUUUCAACACAACAAGGAGCUUUUGCUGGAAUUGAACCCGAUGAUGACGGAACGAAAGGCCUCAUCGAUUUGCUCGACAUCGCAAUUAAUGUAGUCGACGGGUCUUCACCUUUCAAUACGUCGGCAAUAAGCAAUCUUCUUGCUACUGGUAACUCUUCGAUUGGAUCUGCUUUGUCAGUCCCCAUGCUUCCGGAAGCUCCAUAUCUAAAUCUGCCAAAAAGCAGUUGCGAUGCCAUUGCUGCUUGGCUUCCGGUGACCUACAAUACCGACCUUGGUCUCUAUACAUGGAACACCGACGACCCACGGUACACGCAGAUCGUAUCGUCUCCGUCCGUUCUCGGUUUUAUCUUCCGCAAAGACCAGAGCAAUUCGCAGAACAUUACGAUCAAUGUACCUUUCACGCUCCUCAACCUGACUCUCGAAGCACCUCUGGUUACGUCGACGGUCCCGUAUUUUCCUUGCAAUGCACAAUCGAAUGGCAAAUAUUCUUUAGGUCGUGCCUUUCUCCAGGCGGCAUUUGUGGGAGCGAAUUGGAAUGCCAACAACAAUCAGGGCGUAUGGUGGCUUGCACAAGCCCCGGGUCCCAACAUUGGGUCCCAGACUAGCGUUCAGACUAUAAAGGAUCAAGAUGCAACAAUCUCGCCUUCUUCAAACGAUUGGGUAGCUAGUUGGAAGAGUGUCUUGGUACCACUCACUGUGGAUUCAGCCGGCACAGCAACAACGAAUUCAACAGCAACGAAUACGACAUCGUCUUCAGAUACCGAAAAGCCAACGAGUAGGCUCACAACCGGCGCCAAGGCAGGUAUUGGUGCUGGUAUUGCUGUUCUUGUUCUCGGGAUUAUUGCCUUUGGUGUUUUUAUCUUUCUGUACCUCCGGAAGAAGAAAUCGCAUUCGAAGGGCGAUUCAACACCUGAGAAAUAUAGCGAUGUUGGUUACGUCCCGGCCGAGUUGAACACCCAUGAACAAGCGGCCGAAUUGAAUAGCGCUUCUAAGCCGGCGGAAUUGAAUAGCCAAGCACCCUUGAAAGGUCAUCUGGUGCAGGACGGGCAGCCUCAGCCUGUAUAUGAACUAGGAGGGGACGUCUAUAGGUGA